UUACAGAUUCUGGAAGCUCCUACAUUACCUGCACCACCAAGAAAACCAAAACCCACAGAAUUUCAGGAGUUCCAGUUGCAGACGAUGGUGAGAGCCAACCAAAAUGCAGAAACGUCUUCGGUGGCCUCAACAGAAGUGUCUCGUCAGCAGAAACAAUGGAAACCUUGCCUCACUGAACCUAAAGCUGCUGGACUUCAUAGAUUAAAGAGAGCCCGUCCACCAACAGUUAAAAGUUCUGCAGAACUUGAGCUGGAAGAACUUGAGAAGGCUCCAAAGUUUAAGGCAAAGCCUCUCAAUAAAAAGAUAUUAGAAAGCAAAGGGGAACUGGGGAUUUUUUGUUACACAAAGAAACAUGUGACCAAACCCCAAGAAUUUCAUUUUAAUAUAAAUGAGAGGAUCCCGAUAGCUGCUGCUGCGUUUGAUAUGCUUGAUCAGUUGUCUUUGAACUUACUACCUGGAUAUGACAAUCCACUUCCAAGGAAUACAAAACCAAAUCCAUUCCAUUUAUACACUGAGGAAAGAGGGGCUGAGAAAGAGAGGAAAUUUGUGGUGGAAGUUGUGCACAAACAAUUGGAAGAGGAAAGAGCUAGGAUUCCCAAAGCUAACCCUUACCCCUAUACAACUAAUUAUAUGCAGAUUCCACCAAAACCAGAGCCCAAGCAUUGCACAAAACCAGAACCUUUUCAAUUAAAGAGUCUAGUGAGACAUGAAGAGGAAACGCAGAGGGAAAUGGAAGAAAGGAGGAGGAAGGAGAAAGAAGAAGCCCAGAUGAGGAUGUCCAAGGCACAGCCAAUCCUGAAAGAAGAUCCAAAUCCCAUCCCAGAGAAAGUACGCAUACCCCUAACAGAAGUCAAGCGCUUUAGUCUUCAUUUAGAGUAUCGCGCUGUGAUUGAGGGAGCAGAAUUUGAUCAAAAGAUUAAGGAGAAAGAAAUGAUGUAUAAGAGAUACAGAGAGGAAGAGGCUGCGAGGAUGAUGGAGGAAGAGAAGGCAUCGAAACAGUUGAGGAGGACAUUGGUUCCUCAUGCAAGACCAGUGCCUAAUUUUGACCAUCCUUUUUGCCCACAGAAGUCUUCUAAAGAAUCAACCAAACCAAAGUCACCACAAUUUCGAGUAAACCAGAGAAAAAUGUUGCGUUCAAUAGCAAUUUCCAGCGCCAGUCCUCAUAGGUGAAUAGAUUGUAGUUCUUCAAAGUUGGGAGCUGUUCAAGAACCCUUGAACUUGUAAAAGAAUAUGUAUUAUGAUGAUGUAUUAUGUACACAAUUUCAAUUUUUAUGAAUCACAGUUCUUGGCAACUC